ACAAGCACAUUAGGCUUUUGUGGUAGAAUUCACUACUUGUCACCAUUUUUUGAUUUUCUUUAGUAGCAUUUUGAUUAGUUAUUGUGUAGGUGCAAUUCUAAACAAGCAAUUGUCUCCUACAUGUUCAUUUGAGAGCAUAAAGCAGACAGUGGAAUUGACCUCCAUCCCACAAAUCUCAUGGAGCAAGAUGUCUAGAAGCAAGCUCUUAAGAAGUUUGGAAAAUGACUUAGAAUUAGUUUAUGUGGCUCACUCAUGCUUGUCCUGGGAAGCACUCCAUUACCAAUACCAAAAGGUUAGGGCUGUAAUUGCAUGCUCUGCUUCUCAAAAUGCUGCCUUUUGCGAUAACGUUGCAGGGAGAUUCCAGAAGUUUCAAAUACUUUUAGAGAGAUUUAUGGAAGAUGAGACGUGCGAGGGCAAGAAGAGGUAUUGGAAUUAUGUUCAAAGAAGAUCAUCUCUGAGGGGUUUACUUCAAGUUCCUCAGGUUUCAGGUUAUAUGGAGGAAGGAGAAGAUGAAACUAAGGGAGAGGUCUCCAUGAGGGCAACAGAAGUGUUGAAGGGCAUAGAGAAAUGCAUAAAGACUUUCUGGAUAUUUGUAAAGACAGACAGGAAGAAACCUUGGUGGAAAAUCAUGAGGGGUUUCUUAUGGACUUGUCCACCAUUGGAAGACCCUAGAGACUUGGAACUCCUAUCAGAUCUCACAAAGACACUCCAAAAGAAGGAGCUAUGGCUAAAGGACUUGCAAGGGAAGAAGAGGUGUAGGUUGAAAAGAAUAGUAAAACCUAUGGAAGAAUCUCAAAAGAAGGAAAUUUUAUUUACUAUGAUAGACAUAAAGUUGAUAGCAAGGGUGCUCAAAAUGUCUAUGAUUUCCACUGCUCAACUCAAAUGGUGCCAAGAGAAGCUCAAUAAUAUAGAGUUCAAAGAAGGAAAAGUUACAAGGACAUGUACAUGUUCUCUGUUUCCAUCUUCUUAAUAUUUGUCUGGUAAUAAAAUUUGUGGCGUUUAAUUAUGAGUUGAAGCAAUUUUAGUUAUGAGCUUUUUUAUGAUGUGUAUAUACAUAUAUAUAUUAUAAAUCAAGCUGAUCUUAGUUAUGUUAUGAAUGAAA